UUGUGCCCGCUCGAAUCCCACCAAGAAAUUCCUCCUCAGUACCCCUAACCCUGGGCGCUGCUGCGAUGGUUUCUUUACCUUCGAGCCUUCUAACUUUACGGACCUCUCCUGUGCUUUGAACAUCCAAUAGGCACAGCAUGUCAAUCUCAGGAAGCACGAUCUGGGGCUUUGAAGUUGUUAUACGUUAAAUCAUUUAGCAACCUCAGGACCCCGGAAGAAGCAUGGAAGGACCAAUACAGCUGUCCGUCCCUCUUCCGCGCUCAUUGGACUCGCGCAUCUACAUCCACUUGAGUGUCAAAUCCAAGGCCAUUGUUCUCUUUCUCACCACUGCUUCCGUGGAAGAAGCGUCGGCGCCCACCCCGCUGGGGUCAUUCGUAUAUGCUCUACCUGAUAAAUACAACCCAAGCCAGCCACUGUCGACAGCGCUUUGCACCGUGGAGCCAACAUUGGAGUUCACAACACGUCUUGCAAAGUUGCUGGCAAGGAAAACACAGCUCCCGACUUAUGUGGGCAAUUCGAUGAGCUUCGCAAGCACCGGUCUCGGUGGAACUGUUGAAGAGGAAAUGGAGGCCUUCAAGACGGUCGUUGACAUUACCUUGGCCCAUCUGCUACCUGUCAUCCAGUCUCCCAGCCAAGCCAUUUGACGUCGAGAACCAUCAAUCGUUGGAAUAUUUGUGGAAUGCCAUCUUUGUGGAAUGCCAUCACGGCCGGUCCCUCCGUGGAUGAAGACUAACUGGCAUCCCCAGCCUCUCAGGGUUACUGGGGUGACCCAUCGUCAACGCCCAAGGUCAUAUUUGUCUGCACUUGUAGUAGACCCUUGGACAGAAGCCGUUGACGGGGUGGUGUAUCCCGCAAUUGCUCACCUGUGAUCCUGCUUGGAGGCCGCUACGGCAUCGAGCUUCUUGUCUUCGUAUUGUACAUACACUCUGGCAUAACGUUAGACAUCAGUCGCCAUGAUCACCGUCAAGGGGCGAAAGCAAUACGUGUAUUGUGCCACAGACGCC